UCUAAAUCUCAUUCUUCAUCCUCUUAUUACAUUCUUCACAAACACUAUCCAUUUUGUUCCCCGCAGGAAAGUCUAUUCGAAAAACUUGCAAUCUUUUAAUUUUCAACAAUGUUGCAAGAAAUGUGGAAUGCUCCUCCAGGUUUCAGACCAUCAAAAUCAGCACCUUCUUCACCUGCAAAACCUCUUGGCGUUCCUCGAACUCGAUCUGUUGGUGAAUCUUUUCACAUCACCCAUAAGGUCCCUGUUGGUGAUUCUCCUUAUGUCAGAGCCAAAAACGUUCAGUUGGUUGAUAAGGAUCCUGAGAGAGCGAUUCCCUUGUUUUGGGCAGCGAUAAACGCGGGAGAUAGAGUGGAUAGUGCUUUGAAAGAUAUGGCUAUUGUUAUGAAGCAACAAAAUAGGGCUGAAGAAGCUAUUGAAGCAAUUAAAUCGCUUAGAACUAGAUGUUCAGAUCAAGCACAAGAAUCUCUUGAUAAUAUCCUAUUGGAUCUUUAUAAGAGAUGUGGUAGACUUGAUGACCAAAUUGCUCUAUUGAGACAUAAGCUUUAUUUAAUUCAACAAGGGUUGGCUUUCAAUGGUAAGCGCACAAAGACUGCUAGAUCUCAAGGGAAGAAGUUUCAAGUCUCAGUGGAACAAGAAGCCACUAGAUUAUUGGGAAACUUAGGAUGGGCUUUAAUGCAACAGAAUAACUACAUCGAAGCUGAAGAAGCCUAUCGCCGCGCGCUUUCACUAGCACCAGACAACAACAAGAUGUGCAAUUUAGGCAUAUGUUUGAUGAAACAAGGAAGAAUUUCUGAGGCAAAAGAGACCCUCCAUAGGGUAAAACCUGCUGUGACAGAUGGACCAAGAGGCUCAGAUUCUCAUCUGAAAGCCUAUGAAAGAGCACAACAAAUGCUCAAAGACCUUGAACAUGAAAUGAUGAACAAAGGAGGAGUUGAUAGGAUUGAACAAAGUAGACUCUUUGAAGCUUUUCUUGGUUCUUCAUCAAUUUGGCAGCCUCAGCCUUGUAAGGAUCAUCAUCAUCACCAAUCAAGUUUUCCACCACCAAUCAAAACUCAAGAUGAGUUUGGUGAUGAGAAUAUCAAUUCCAACAUUGUGAAAAAUCACAUAGCACCACCACCAAAUUAUAAAGGUAGUAAUUGCAUUGCUCCUUUGGGAAACUCACUUAAUGUUGCAGCUCCACCAUUUUAUGCAGCAAAGUCAUCUGCAAUUCUGUCAUCGUCGUCUAAUGAGAAUCAAAUCUCUGAGACACUUAAGCGAACGAGGUCCGGAAAUGCCGCAGGGUUGAUGAGAGUAAAUACUAAUGAUGUGAACAUCAAUGUGCUUGCGCCGCCGGAGAAGAACAAAGCGAGACGGCUUUCGUUUGAGAAGAAUAAGUUGAGUGAUUUGUUACCUGAUACUAAGGACUUUGAAGAUGCUAUUCUCUCUGCUAUUUUGGGGACUCCUUCAAAUGAGUCAAAUGACAUUUUCAACAAGAAAGUUGAUAAGAGGAGGCUUAAGGUUUUUCAAGAUAUUACACUGUCUUUGAGUCCAAAGGCCUAAUUUAAUAUAAUUUUCAAUAACUAUAGUCUUAGAUUGGAGAUAAUCUUGGUCUCCAUUUAUUUGUUUAACUUCAUUUCUAGUAUGUAUGCUACAUUAUAGCAGUUAAGUUCUACUACAGAUAGGAGUAGCUGCAUUUUGAAGUUCUCUCUAAUUUAUUUAUGUUGUAUUGAUUUGUUAUGCCAUGUAAAAGAGGCAAUUCACUUGAAUAAUUAGUUGAUAUGAUAUGAAUUCCUUUUCUGUUGACA